CGCAUCUUCGCUGCGGAUCGCGCGGCUCAGACGCACACACACACACACUGUAUAUAUUUAGAAGAUCGGACACAGCUGUGUGUGCCAUUUCACCCACUGACAUACCGCGACACAGACCUACAUUAUUUAUUGGGCGUCUUUUUCGCAUUGCGGCGCGCGAUUAUCGCGAAAAAAUAUUUUUGUAUUCUUGUCGCUUUUUUCUGAAUACUAAUAAUCGGUAAUAGAUAAUCCUAAUCGAUUCGUGCGACGCGUGUGUGCGAGAGUGUGUCAGUCUCUCUCGAGUGCUCGCACGCGAGCCGUAACAGUGUCACGCAGCACAGCGGUAAUAAUUUGCCUAAUAUUUGGCAUUGUACAGCAUCGCUAUCUACUACACUGCCACCGUCGCCGCUGCCCGACGACGCUUUUAAAUCGCGCAAAAUCGAGUGCGUCUGCUCGGCCGCGCGCAGACAGAAACGAAAGAGCGAGAGAGAACGGCGCAGAGCUUCUGUAGAGCAGAAGCAGCAGCAUACAGUGAUACAUAAACGUGCGAGUGUGCUCAGUGCUGUGCGAGCUACAACUACUGUUUGGCCGCUCACAUAGAUAGAUAUAUUUCGCGCGUUCAAAGCGCCGUUGCAGAAUAUAUACAUAUAUACGGAGCAAGAGAGAGACGAGUGUUGCAGACGAAGCGACGAGGACUGCCGCUGCUAGUUGCAAAGCUCGCGGUGUGCCUUCGUUGUAUAGUUUUUUUUUUUACGGCCUCGACGGAGCAUCGUGGCAUGGGACAGCACGAGCCCGCCUAGCUGUUAUCAACGAAACCGACCAGCAGUAGCCGUGGACAAAGAUGGAUGGAAAGGAGCAUACGAAGAAGCCGAAGAACCCCAGAGAAGGAGCUAACCCGCUGAGUGCACUGACAUUCGGCUACAUACUCCGACUGUUCUGGGUGGGCUUUCGUCGAGACCUCGACAUAGCGGAUCUGUACGAGCCGCUGCAGGAGCACAAAAGUGGCCUACUGGGCGAAAAGAUAGCACGACUAUGGGAGGAGGAAGUUCAACGCGUGGAAAAGAAGAAGCUGAUGUCGAAGCGCGUCAACGAUGAGGAGCGCGACGACAACGCCAACGAGGGACCGCAGCCGAGUCUGCUCAGGGUGCUGCUGCGCUGCUUCGGCGCCAAGCUCGCCGUCUACGGCGUGUUCCUGGCCUUUAUGGAGAUAGCGCUCAGACUCGCCCAGCCGAUAUUCCUGGCGAAUAUGCUGCAGUACUUCAGGGUAAAGACGACGACGACCCUGACCGAGGCCUACGUCUACGCCUCGCUCGUCAUUCUCUGCUCGGUGCUCAACGUCCUCGUCAUCCAUCCCUACAUGAUGGCCAUUCUGCAUCUGGGCAUGAAGAUGCGCGUCGCCUGCUGCUCGCUCAUCUAUCGCAAAUCGCUGAAGCUGUCGCGCACCGCCCUGGGCGAGACGACGAUCGGCCAGGCCGUGAAUCUGCUCUCGAACGACGUCAAUCGCUUCGACGUCGCCACGAUAUUCAUGCACUACCUGUGGAUCGGGCCGCUCGAGACGAUCAUCGUCAUGUACGUGAUGUACCAGCGCGUCCAGGAGUCGGCCAUCAUCGGCGUGGCCGUGCUCAUGAUGUUCAUACCGAUCCAGGGCUUCCUCGGCAAAAAGUCCUCGUCGCUGAGGCUCAAGACCGCCAUACGCACGGACGAGAGGGUCCGGCUGACCAACGAGAUCAUCUCCGGCAUCCAGGCCAUCAAGAUGUACACGUGGGAGAAGCCGUUCAGCGCCCUCAUCAAUUUGGCCCGCUUCAACGAGAUCAAGUUCAUCAGGGGCAUGUCGUACAUUCGCGGCGCCAUCAUGUCCUUCAUCAUCUUCUCCACGAGGCUGGCCCUCUUCGUGACCAUCGUCUGUUACGUUUACAAGAACCCCAUCACCGCCGAGACCGUCUUCAUGAUGACGGCCUACUUCAACAUUUUGCGAGUCAACAUGACUGUCUUUUUCCCUCAAGGUAUAACUCAAGUGGCUGAGGUGCUGGUGUCCAUCAGGCGUCUGCAAAAGUUCAUGUGCUACGAGGAGGUGUCGACUCGCGCCGACCGUAGCAUGGUAUACAAACAGCCGAAACUCGAGAGCGACAAGAAGAAGAAGAAGAAGCCGAAGAAGAGCAAGAAGUCCACGGAAAAUGGAAAAUCCGUCGAGCUGGAGAACGGAAAAGCCGACAAGUUCCAGGAGGAUGACAACCGAAACAACGGCGAGAUCAAGCUCGAGCACGCCUCGGCCAAGUGGCUGGGCUACGAGAGAGACGACACGUUGCACGACAUCAAUUUGCACAUCAAGCCCGGCGAGCUGAUCGCGAUAGUCGGUCACGUCGGCUCCGGAAAGUCCAGCUUGCUAAAUGUCAUAAUCAAAGAACUGCCACUCACGGCUGGUUCGAUUCAGGUCAACGGCCAGAUCGCCUAUGCGUCCCAAGAGCCAUGGCUGUUCGCCGGCUCGGUCAGGCAAAACAUUCUCUUCGGCCGCGACAUGGACCAGGACAGAUACGAUCAGGUGAUCAAGGUGUGCCAGCUCAAGCGCGACCUGCGGCUGCUGCCUUACGGCGACAAAACGGUCGUCGGCGAACGAGGCAUCAGUCUCUCGGGAGGCCAACGUGCCAGAAUUAAUUUGGCGAGAGCUGUGUACUCGGACUCGCCGAUUUAUGCGUUCGACGAUCCCCUCAGUGCCGUUGACGCCCACGUCGGUAAACACAUGUUCGACGAGUGCAUAUCCAGGUACUUGAGGCACAAGACUCGAGUCUUGGUUACCCAUCAGAUACAAUAUCUCAAUACCGUAGACAGAAUCAUCGUGCUCAAGGAUAAUCACAUCCACGCCGAAGGAACGUUCCAGGAGUUGGUGGCCAAAGGUGUCGACUUUGGCCGGCUACUCGAAGAGCAGAACAAAGAAGACGACGCCAACUCGGUGAACACCAGCCGCGGACCGUCGCGCCAAGGCAGCAUCACGUCCCUGUCGUCGUUCCUGACCGACAACAACAUGUCGAUCGACGAUCCGAACGAGGAGGCCGAGCAGAGAGGCUCGGGCACCGUCGGUGGAUGGGUCUACAAGGGCUACUUCCGCGCCGGUGGCAACUGGUGCGCCAUCAUCACCGUAUUCCUGCUCUGCGUCCUCGCUCAAUUCUUCGCCAGUUGCGGCGACUUCUUCAUCGCCGAAUGGGUCAAAUGGGAAGAAAAAUCAUACAUCAAUGCCACGCCGGGAAUGCCCAUAAGCGAAGCCGACUGGCAGGGUCUGAUCAGCCGCGAGACCUGCAUCUACAUCUACACGGCGAUAACCGUGCUGACGAUCGUCGUGACCCUGGUGCGCUCCGCGGCCUUCUUCAACAUGUGCAUGCGCGCCUCGCGCAAUCUCCACGACGGCAUGUUCAUGUCCAUCAGUCGGGCCACGAUGCGCUUCUUCAACAACAACACGUCCGGUCGCAUCCUCAAUCGCUUCUCCAAGGACAUGGGCGCCGUCGACGAGCUGCUGCCCAUCGCGCUCAUCGACUGUCUGCAGAUCGGCCUCACUCUACUGGGUAUCAUCGUCGUCGUGGCCAUCUCCAAUCCUUACUUGCUCAUACCGACCGUCAUCAUUAGCGUCGUGUUCUAUUACCUUCGUGUGUUCUACAUUGCCACUGGCAGAAGUGUCAAGCGUUUGGAGGGCACCACCCGAUCGCCGGUAUUCGCCCACUUGAACGCCAGUAUGCAAGGACUCGCCACCAUACGCUCCUUCGACGCCGACGAGACUCUCAUCAAGGAAUUCGAUCAUCAUCAGGAUCUGCACUCGUCGGCCUGGUUCAUCUUCAUCGCCACCUCGCGCGCCUUCGGUUUCUAUCUCGAUGUCUUUUGCAUCAUCUACAUUAUUUUCGUGGUGAUGAGUUUCUUUGUCAUGGGCCCGGAUCACAAGCCCGACGGCGGCUCCGUCGGCUUGGCCAUUACACAAAGUAUCGGUCUGACCGGUAUGUUCCAGUGGGGCAUGAGACAGAGCGCCGAGCUGGAGAAUCAAAUGACCUCGGUUGAACGUAUAUUGGAAUACAGUAAAUUGCCGAGUGAACCUGCACUGGAGAGCCCACCAGAUAAGAAGCCCGCAGAGGAUUGGCCUAGAGAGGGUAGAAUUGAAUUCAAAAACGUCUUCUUACGUUACUCGCCGCUGGACCCGCCGGUUUUGAAAAAUCUUAACUUUACCAUUCAGCCAAGAGAAAAAAUUGGCAUUGUCGGACGCACUGGCGCUGGAAAAUCGUCCCUCAUUCAAUCGCUAUUUAGAUUAGCCGAAGUACAAGGUAACAUCGAGAUCGAUGGCGUCGAGACCGGUGAAAUCGGUCUGCACGAUCUUCGCGGUAUAAUCUCGAUCAUCCCGCAAGAGCCUUUCCUCUUCUCCGGUACAUUGCGCAAAAAUCUCGAUCCGUUUGACUCUUACCAGGAUGCCGUUUUAUGGCAAGCCCUCGAGGAGGUCGAGCUCAAAGAAAUGGGCUUGAACGCUCACAUAAACGAGGGUGGCAGCAAUCUCAGCGUCGGCCAGAGACAACUGGUCUGUCUCGCUCGGGCGAUUGUCAAGAACAAUCCGAUCCUCGUACUCGACGAAGCUACCGCUAAUGUGGAUCCCAGAACCGAUGAACUCAUUCAGAAGACAAUUAGAACCAAGUUCGAGAUGUGCACGGUGCUUACGAUAGCUCACAGACUGAAUACCGUCAUGGACAGCGACAGAAUACUCGUUAUGGAUGCUGGAACUCCUGUGGAAUUUGACCAUCCAUACAUAUUGCUUCAAAAAGAAAAUGGCCAUCUGAAGAACAUGGUCAAGGAGACCGGUCCAGCGAUGGCCGAAGCAUUACACACCGUGGCUGAGAGAGCCUACAAUGGUUCAAACACAGACGACAAUACAAAUCUCUGAAGUGGGAAAUUGUACGCACGCGUGCAUAUUUUACGUGGAUCAUUUAUUUAAUCAUCGUCCAUGAUUUUCACAAUUUUCGUGCGCCUCCAGUAUUCACCAUACCAGUACUCGAUUGAGCUUCAAUACUCGGCGCGCAGAGUCCAGUAUGUAAGCGAAUAAUUGCAGACGAAUUUUUUUUUCUUAACAAUCGCAGAGCCUUGAAAUUCGAAAGACGGGCACAGUAUUAAUUUGUGGAAUAGAUUUUUUUACGUCUUGUAUGCCGUGAUACGUAGUGUCGUAUUCGUUUCACUAUUCGUUGUUUGUUUUUCAACACAUAGAUUUUUUUGCUAAUUAAUAAAAGUUUAACUAUUCAUUUUCAUAUACGUUUGUGUGCGUUGUUGACGUCGAAGAUUCUUAAUUGUGGCUCAAGUGACUUUUUGUGUGUCUUCGAUUCAACCAAUGAUCAAAUUGAGAACGAGAGAGAGAGAGUUAAAAAUGGUUUGUUUAGUGAUGGAGGUGUGUAUGUGUCUAUGCAACUAUUUUUGUAAAAUUUAGGAAUAUACUUAAUUGAAUUGUAACACAAAGACCACUCACGUCAAUAAUGUUCGGUGCUUUUUUGAUGGUGCGUACAUUUCAUCAUUAAUCAUAUAUAAGAAAAUAAGCAGGAGCUUGUGUUUACAUAUUUUUAGAAUGAAUUUUUUAGAGCUCGCUCCCAUACAGUAAAUAAAAUACAAAAAAAUUGACAAUGAGCUGCCCCUGACUAGAUUUAACGUGCUUAUAUGUGUUUGAUACUUAAGAUUUACAAUGUACCAUAAUUGUGAUUCAAGCCAAUAAAAUGUAUAAUAUGUAUGUGAAGGUGCUCAGUUUUGAGUAAAUGAAGACGUUCCUAAGUACAUUUUAAAUUAACAAAAACAUAUUGAGGCAAUCAACUCAGCUAUAAUUUCUUAAAAAUCUUUGUUUUUUAAGAUAAAAUAUCAAAUAUAUGUGCGAAAUUAUGUACUGUAUAGUUUUUAAUGUUAUGUGUUAUUGCCAUUAUUAUUGUAAUUAUAUUAAUUGUUAUUAGAUAAUUGUAUAUACACUUACCGUGAUAGUCUAUGUGUAUGGGAGUGAGUGUCUCGAGUACAAGUGCCUAUAUACAUGAAUAUAAUUAAAUGGAAAAAAAUACUAUUUCUACAAUGUUUGAUGAUAAUAUAUUUAAUUACAACCACGCAUAAAAAACAGCAAAUGAAAUUACGGUUCCAUAACAAAUUUUUUAUACUCUACUAUAGAAAUAAUAUUUAAAGCCAAAUAAAAUUCAAAUAAA